CCGUGUGUGACUCGUUCAUUCUGCGAUUCUGCAACGUGCGUCCCAGCGGCACUUCCAUCGCCGCAACGAACCUGACUAGCAUCAUCACGCCAUCUCGCCACAAUGCCUGUCUUGUUGCGACGAAGCGCCUCUACCUUCACGGUGGAAGAACUGGCCGACGGGUACUCGCGCAAACGACUUGGCUCAUCCCGCAGUGAACUUGGGUCGUCACGGCGCAUUUCCGCGCCUGAAGAGUUCCGUGCGCAAGACAUCACGCAGUGUCGCACGCCGAGUCGUUCAGAGCCUCCAGCGUAUGCCCAACCCGCCCCCGCCGUGGACAAACCUGGUGUGGCUGAGUCAUCCAAGCCGCUGGUGGCCAAGCCCAUGACUUUUGCGAACAUUGUGAACCAGCCGAACUUGAUGAGCGCCCUGGCGAAUGAGCUACACCGCCUGCCGAAAACUUACGUUCGAUUGUGCUGGGACCGCAUCACAACUUCGUUUGCUAGUGUCCGCACGGCGCGUCAAAGAAAGCAGGCAAAGGUGUCCUCGGACACAGAUCCCACGACCACAACAGGCGACGAUGCCCGACCCUCGUCGACUCCAUCCUCCCCAACCACAUCUGAAGCAUCCAACGUGACGCCAAGGUCCCAAUUUCCCCCCCAAGCAUAAACGGGCAGUUUGUGUGCUAGCCGUGUACCAUAGUAGUUUGAAUUCGAUUAAGGGUUUGAAGAAUUAACUUAGCAUUAUGCAUAUUAUGCAUGAUCAAUUUAGCAUUAAUUCUUCCUAGUAAUUUGCUACACGCCGCGAACGCAUGACCCCCGACACUUGGACCCACAAGAAGAUCAAGAUAAGCAGAACGAAUCCCACGAGAAAGCCGUAAAACCGAGGAUUCUGCGCACAACAUCCAAAUCAGCAAGUAUGCAUGAGCAUAGAGCGAUCACUCACCCGGUCGUUGCCUUUGAUUUGGAUGUUGUGUCGCUUCAGCCGCUCGGACAUCUUCCCAUAGCGCUCGCCCUCAUACACCUUCGGACCCAAUGCGACGUUUCUCACUUCUGUCGUGCCUUGCUUGUCUUCAUUGGCGAAGCGGUUUCGAAUGGUCGAGCUCAUGAGCAAAGGACGGACGGACGAGGCGGGAACGAAUGAGGAUGAAAUGCUCAACACGCACACAUGCCGGUCUCUGAUUGGUGGAAACCGCAUCCGACUAUUGUGUGCCAUUAAUA